CGGUGUGCUAUCUCUUCCACUAUCACAGAGUCAUUUCGUCAACAGGGUAAUGAUCCAAAAACGAGAUUCACAUGGUAUGCGCAUGGCUUGUACAACUUUUGGCAUAGCCCAGAAUUAACCACAGAUGACACCGAAUACUGGGAAACUCAUGAUAUUGGGCUUGAUGACAGUAAGCUAGAGAUCGAUUCGACAGCAUUGAAGCUUGGUCCUUUCAGUCUGAAAGAGGACAAUGAGGGGAUAGGAAAACCUGUCAAGUUCGUCGCAUUUGGUCCCGUCCAGCAGCCUGAAGAUAACAUGGACGAAUAUAUCCGUUUGCGGUGCAUGAGUGACUUGUCCAAUACGUGGGGCUACCCUCACGAUAUUCCGCCUUACUUAUCGUUGGUCGACAAAGAAAGGCUCGAUACCUUGUCCCAAGAGUUACCGCCCACAGACAUUGAACGCUGGAAUUCAUUCGCUGAACUUCAGAUGCGUAGACGGUUGUUCCAGUGUCAGUGCGACGCAUGUCAUUACCUUGUUAGUGAUAUCCUUCAUCGUUGUAUAGAUUGCGAGUCCAAUGACUAUGAUGUGUGUGCAGAUUGCGAAUCUCAGCCGGUCUCAGAUCACAAAUACCCAUCCGACCACAAGUCAACACACAACAUGCUUGUCUUUCGCAUGUCGAUACCUCAUGGUCGCUACAGCAGAAUCCGGUGGUAUGCCAGGAAUUUCUUAUCCACUUGCGUGCCCGCUGCAGUACCGCUAGAAGCACCAUUGACUGCGCGAGAAGACGAAUCUCAAACACAAUCAGAUGAGCCUGAACUCACGCAUCCGAUAGAAGCUACUCGAGCAGACGAUUCUUCCACCUCUGUUGAUUUGCAGGAAGGUGAUGAGAAGCUGAAUGGGAACCCGGGAGUAGUAUCUGGGGGAAUACCUAAAACCUCAGCCGCGAAUGGGGAUCUACAUGCUUGUACUGAAUGCGGUGUCAAGAUGAAGGGCAUUUUUUGUGUAUGCCUUACCUGCGCAGAACUCUAUUCCCCCAUUGCCCUAUGCGGCGAUUGUGCUUUUCGUGAUGUGUUCAACGUGGCCACGAAUCACCACCCUUACAAACACUGGCUGGUCAAGAUCAAAGACCGGGUUCAAGAUAUAAGCAUCGAAACAUCAGAUGAACCUUUGGCCAACGUGGACGAAUCUACUUCGCUUUCCUUACGAGUCGAUAAGUUGGCUGCAAUGGUGGAAUCUCGUUUCGUAGAACUGGAUCUCCGGCUUAGUACACUUGUCACACAGGUUGAACACCUUGUGCAUAGUAUGGCUGCAUCGACAGGAAAAGCAGAGCUUCCCUCUGAAUCCGUCACUGAUUGAUUGGCUCAUAAAUUGGCAGACUGUUGUAUUUCUAGUAUAGAUCGAUCUAUACCAAAGUGUUAUAUAUACGUCCUUCGUACAUGUGAAAUAAACAUGUUUGUAA